CGUUGACAUUAUUACAGGUCGCUAGCAAUGCCUUAUUUUUCGCAGCGGAGGUGGGGUGAGCGUCCUCGAUCGCAUACAUGAACAUACGCGCGGCAGUCUUCGGCGCUUGGCGAGUGUUUCAUAACAAUGGAAUGAUCCGAGAGUGGAAUAAAUGUAUGCCAAUAGAUGCCUGAGGCCCGUUGACAAAAAAAGGUGGGUCCGGUACCCAUCCAUUCGGCAGAUAGGUGGCAGUCGAGGCUCUGCAUAAUCACCUCCAUUACAACCUAUCAGAAGUCGCCAAAGCCGAAGAAUUGUCAAAUUAUUAUGCUGCGUCCGAAUGCCGUUCGCAACGGGCUGUGGGACGGGGAGGAUUGCAUGCUACGCACAGGCUGCUCCAGUCGCCCAACAGGGCGAUAUGAAAGAGCGAGAUUGGCGGGUUUUUUUGUUUGCCUUAGAUCUAGCUUGCAGGCUGGAUGUGGGCGUUUGUGGGCGUGUGUGUUGUGUAUGCUCGUGACAGAGGGUUGCAUGCGUGCUUGCGGCGUCAUAACCUCGUUGAGUCCCCACUUCUCCAGCAAGCACGUUCUGGCUCCAGAAGUCUGGGGGAUUGAGAAUUCUUCACGGGCCCGAGAGGCUUGUCUUGUCGUUGCGGCGCGGACAGGCGGGCGGUUAAUUAGUAUGAAGGGAGAAGAGGGAUGGGAAGGCAAGCAAGGGGGAGGGAGGGGAGGUAUCUAUGGGCUGGCUGGCUCGAGGCUGCGGCUCGCGACUGUCCGAGCCGAACGUGAAAAAUUUCCGGGAAUGCAUGAAGAAGAAGUAGUAUGGACGUGUAUGCCUGACCCGCGCAUGCGGUAUUGCUGAAGACUGGGAGAUUGAGACCCGCUGAGGUUUAUGAUUGCGAUUGUCGAUGACGCCUCUCUAGUUCUAUGGCCUAGACGAUCAGA